AUGGCCAACCAAUACCAAUUCACAGACCGGGCUACGGCUGCACUGGGGGAGGCACAAGACCUUGCACAGCAGUAUGCCCAUUCCCAAUUACUGCCCAUCCACCUGGCAGUCGCCCUCUUCGACCCGGCGCCAGACCAGUCGAAAGACCAACAGAAUAACCCAGCACACGCAUCACAUGCCGCGGGAUCAGCACCACUGUUCAAACAGGUAGUGGAGCGAGCACAUGGCGACACACAACUCCUCGACCGCGCAAUGAAGAAGGCCCUUGUACGGUUACCGAGUCAGGAUCCACCGCCGGAGCACGUCAGCGUCUCGCCUUCGUUCUCGAAGGUCUUGAGGAGUGCAAACGAUCUGUCCAAGACGCAGAAGGAUAGCUAUAUCGCGGUCGACCACCUGAUACAAUGCUUAGUUCAGGACACCACACUUCAGAGGUGUCUGGCGGAGUCGAAUGUGCCGAACACGAAGUUAAUUGACGAGGCUAUCACGCAGAUCAGAGGGAACAGGAGGGUGGAUAGCAAGACAGCGGACUCAGAGGAUGAGAAUGAGAAUUUGAAGAAGUUCACGAUUGAUAUGACAGCGAUGGCAAGGGAAGGCAAGAUUGAUCCGGUGAUUGGAAGAGAGGAGGAGAUCAGGAGGGUCAUUCGGAUUUUGUCGAGACGGACGAAGAACAACCCUGUCCUGAUUGGUGAGCCUGGUGUCGGCAAGACCACAGUCGUUGAAGGACUGGCCAGUCGAAUUGUCAACGCGGACGUGCCGUCUGGUCUGGCUGCCUGCAAGCUCCUAUCGCUGGACGUUGGUGGUCUUGUCGCAGGCUCGAAGUACCGAGGCGAGUUCGAAGAGCGCAUGAAGGGCGUCCUGAAAGAGAUCGAAGACAGCAAGGAGAUGAUCGUGCUCUUCGUCGACGAGAUUCACUUGCUUAUGGGCGCUGGCAGCUCUGGAGAAGGCGGCAUGGACGCUGCCAAUCUUCUCAAGCCCAUGCUUGCUCGUGGACAGCUGCACUGUAUUGGUGCAACGACACUGGCUGAGUACCGCAAGUAUAUUGAGAAGGACCAGGCUUUCGAGCGACGAUUCCAGCAAGUCUUGGUCAAGGAGCCUUCGAUCCCUGAAACAGUAUCGAUCCUCCGUGGUCUGAAGGAGAAGUACGAGGUACAUCAUGGUGUCACGAUUAUGGAUGGUGCCAUCGUGUCUGCCGCUACUCUCGCAGCACGGUACCUCACACAACGAAGACUUCCUGACUCAGCUGUAGAUCUGAUUGAUGAGGCUGCGGCAGCCGUCCGUGUGGAGCGCGAGUCACAGCCAGAAAUUCUCGACAACAUGGAACGCAAGCUACGGCAACUGGAGAUUGAGAUUCAUGCUCUUGACCGCGAGAAGGACGAGGCAUCCAAAGCAAGGCUUCGAGAGGCUCGCGCCGAGAAGGCCAACGUCGAGGAGGAACUCAAGCCUCUGCGCGAGAAGUACGAGACCGAGAAGGAGCGGACGAAGGAAAUUCAAGAGGCGAAGAUCAAGCUUGACCAGCUGAAAUUCAAACAGCAGGAAGCCGAGCGAACGAGAGACCUGCAGACUGCUUCGGACCUAAAGUACUAUGCGAUUCCGGAUGUCGAGCAUCGUAUUGACCAACUGGAGCAGCAGAAGAUGGCCGCUGAACAUGACGAGCGGAGAGGCAGUCUUGGUGAGACGCUUGUCACUGACGCCGUCGGACCAGACCAAAUCAACGAGAUCGUUGGCCGCUGGACUGGCAUCCCUGUCACGAGGCUCAAAACGACAGAGAAGGAUAAACUCCUCCAGAUGGAGAAGGUCCUCGGGGCGCAAGUCGUCGGCCAGAAAGAAGCUGUCACCUCUGUCGCCAACGCCAUCCGCCUCCAACGCUCCGGCCUAGCCAACCCAGGCCAGCCCCCAUCCUUCCUCUUCUGCGGUCCCUCCGGUACCGGCAAGACGCUCCUCACCAAAGCUCUAGCUGAAUUCCUCUUUGACGACCCCAAAGCCAUGAUCCGCUUCGACAUGUCCGAGUACCAAGAACGCCACUCCCUCUCCCGCAUGAUCGGCGCACCACCCGGCUACGUCGGCCACGACGCCGGCGGGCAGCUGACUGAAGCUCUCCGCCGCCGACCUUUCAGUAUCCUCCUCUUCGACGAAGUCGAGAAGGCCGCAAAGGAAGUCCUAACAGUCAUGCUCCAGCUCAUGGACGACGGCCGCAUCACCGACGGCCAAGGCCGCGUGGUCGACGCGAAGAACUGCAUCGUCGUCAUGACCUCGAACUUGGGAGCGGAAUACCUUUCCCGCCCCAACGCUCCGGACGGCCGUAUUGAUCCGACGACGAAGGAAUUGGUGAUGACGGCGCUGCGGAACUACUUCCUCCCCGAGUUCCUGAACCGUAUCAGCAGCAUCGUUAUCUUCAACCGCCUCACCAAGCGCGAGAUCCGCUCCAUCGUCGACGUGCGCUUGGACGAGAUCCAGAAGCGCUUGAUCAGCAAUGGUCGCAACGUCAAGAUCCAGCUCUCAGGCGACGUGAAAGAUUAUCUCGGCUCCGCCGGCUACUCGCCCGCUUACGGUGCUCGGCCCUUGGCGAGACUGAUCGAGAAGGAAGUGCUGAAUCGACUUGCGGUGUUGAUUUUGAGAGGCAGUGUGAGAGAGGGAGAAGCGGCGAGAGUGGUGCUGGAGGAUGGACAUGUGGUGGUGUUGCCGAAUCAUGGGGAGAGCGAGGGGGAGGAGGAGGAUAGUGAGAUGUGGGAUGAUGAUGAGGAGGCGGCGGUGGAGGAGUUGGCUGGGGAGGGCGGGGAUAUGGAUCUUUAUGAGUGA